GAUAUUGUGAUUGUAAAUAUAUAUGUGGUUUUACAUAUCCAACAAAUCAACCAAACCAGUUUGGAAAAUGUAAAUGGACCACAAACGAUCCGAAUUCUUUAACUCAUGAAUGUAAAGGGAUGGUUCAGAAUGAUAGUUUUAUAGUAUAUGUUAAUGAACUGCAAAACAAUCAAUUUUUAAUCGAAUUGGAUUCGGUAAACUAUCUUUCCUAUGAUAAAUAUAUUGAAUCAGGAGAACUUGCUUUGAAAGCAUCUCAAAAUGAUAAAUUACGUGAAUUUAUCAAUCGAACCAUUCGUAAAUUAACCGAACAAAAAGGAUUUGUUGUU